AUGAUAGACGAUGUCGUCCGUGCGUUUUCUGAGCUUAUAGGGAGGAGCGGCGUGCAGUACCAGAAGUUUCAAAACCUGCAACGAGUGUACUGCAAGACGAAUCUUGAGGCGCAGGGAAUACACACCGUCCGGUGGCUGUCGCGUGGCGAGGCCGUUGCCCGGCUCCUCGAGGUCUUGCCAGCCGCCAUCGUCGUGCUCAAGGACUACAAGCCCGACUUGUACGAGGUUGUGACCUCGUUCAAGUUUCAUUGGCUACUACGCUUUCUUGCUGACAUCCUGUGGGAGCUGAACCACUUGAACCAGCGGUUCCAGCAAAGUCAGAUCGACGUCACGCUUGUGGCGCACAUCGUGGAGCAGACGCGCAUGCGGCUGAAGGCGCGGUACCUGAGCGGGGCACCUGGUCACACCUUUGGAAGCGGGGAGUACAUGACUCUUCCCGAUUUCUUCUUGAAGCACCAGAAGCAGGACAAGCGCGAGAUGAAAGUUGAAGGCGUUGACUGCGAGGGAAAUCCGGUGUCGUUCACUUUCGUUCUGCACGAGCGGCCGUUGAAAGGGCAGGAAACCGAUGACGACGUGACAACCUGCUAUGAGCUAUCGUUGAAAUUUGUCCGCGCGAUUGACAAGGAACUGGAGUGGCGGAUGCGUGAUCUCGCCAACCUGGAGGGUUCGAAGCUGUUCCACACCGCCUCUUACCUCACGGACGACGCCAAGCGCGUUGAGGCGUUCAAGCGCUGGCUGGGAAAACUACACAAACUCUAUCACGAGAAGCUGCCAUGUGUGUGGUGA